GCCUGCAUCUUCAAGACUAUUGGUGGUAAAAGGACUUGCUAAUAUGGAAGUGGGUGAACAGAAUAUCAAACUCCUUGCUGAAGAAGGGGUUAUACCACCUUUGCUUGAGAUGGCAUCUGGCAAUAUUGAAUCAAAAGAAGCAUCGUUAUCUGCGCUGGUUAAGCUUUCUGGAUGCCAUGAUAACAAAAAGCUUAUUGCUGCUGCUGGAGGAGUUCCUCUUGUGCUGGAACUAAUGUCCUCUUCUCAUAUUCGCACAAAUAUUAUUGCGAAAUGCUCUGAAAUCCUUGAAAGACUUUCUUCUCAUGGUGACGGAGUCAAGUUCCUUGUUGAUGAAAAUGGAACCCAAGUUGAUUUAAAGCUAGUGAUCAUGAACUUAUUGGCUUUUCAACAGAAUGCCAACUCAUCCAACAUUGUCCGCAGGCCUGCCUUGCGUGCACUGGUUGGAAUUUGUCAAUAUGAAGCUGGGCUUGUUAAGACAGCUGUUCUCAGUGCCAGUGGUGUUUCUCUAGUCCUCCCUCUUCUUGAUGACUCGGAUCUUGAAAUAAGAGAAGCUGCCAUAAAUCUACUCUUUCUAUUCUCCCAGCAUGAACCACAAGGAGUUGUUGAAUACCUUCUCAGGCCGAGGAGGCUAGAGGCUUUGGUCGGAUUUCUGGAGAACAAUGAUAAGGGUGAUGUGCAGAUGGCCGCAGCUGGUUUGUUAGCCAACCUUCCCAAAUCAGAAGUGUCAGUAACGAGGAGAUUAAUAGAAUUAGGUGGCCUGAAAGCAAUCAUAGACAUUAUACAAUCUGGUACCACCCAAGCAAAAGAAAAUGCUCUAAGCACUCUAUUCAGAUUUACGGAUCCCACAAAUCUUGAGUCACAGCGGAUAGUGGUUGAACUAGGUGCAUACCCUCUGCUUGUGGAUAUUCUUAGGGUUGGUUCAAUAACAGAAAAGGCAAGAGCAGCUGCUCUCAUUGGUGAUCUUUCCAUGCGUAGUUCGGAACUUACUGUUGUAUCUAGAAGAGCUAGCUUCUGGUGCUUCUGUCGCGCAAAUGUCACUAGAUGCCCAGCGCAUGGAGGUAUCUGUAAUGUGACAACCACAUUUUGUUUGCUAGAAGCAAAUGCAUUGCCUGACCUGGUGGGGCUAUUACAAGGAGAGGUCCAUGCAACAGCUUAUGAAGCAAUUCAAACACUUUCCACUCUGGUUCGGGAAGAUUCUCCUCAAAAAGGGGCCAAUGUUCUGCAUGAGAAUGGUGCGAUUGGACCCAUAUUACAUAUUUUGACAUGGGGAUCGGAGUCAUUGAAGGAAGAAGCAUUGGGACUCUUAGAGAAGGUCUUUAUGUCGAGGGAAAUGGUAGAAUACUAUGGAUCAACAGCUAGACUGCAUCUUGUUCAUUUGACUGGCCGCAGCAUUAAUGAAGAAGGGCAUCUUCAGAGGAAGGCUGCUAGAGUCUUGCUACUCACUGAACGUUAUUCAAGAUCAUCAAGAACUCUUGUAGUGGGACUACCUGGGUGAAAUUCCUUGCGAUCACUUUAGAAUAGAGUUAAUUCUACUCUUCUGUGCAUGGUUGAUGCUCCCAUGGUUCAGGAAUUGAGAACUGAGAUGUCAAAGUUUCAAGAGAUUGAUAAUGUCUUGAUGAAGGAAAAUACUAAAGAGAGCCUGUAUUGGUAUGGAACCUCAACCAAGUCUCUUUUAGGAAAAUAAUGUUACAUGUGGAAAGGUUUAUAAUUUCGAGUUUCCUUAGAGCUGUUUAGUUCACCGAGUAGGUUAGGAUAGAUUAGGGUGUUUCAUCCAACCCAUUCCUACCCUAUCCAAUUCUGUCUAGAAAUAAUAAGUAAUUUGUAUCUAAUCCACUGUUUGGUUAGCAUAUAUGAAUAUUGUGGGCUGCCCAUGGAUGAAGAUGAACCCAUGUGCUCUAUGUUCCUGUAAACUUAUUUUAACUACCAUUUUGCUACUGUGCUCCUAAGACAAUUAUUAUUCAAUCAAAGCAGUUGCG